AUCUAAAAACCAAAAACACGAACAGUUCCGAAUGUAACCAUCAGCUGUGGAAGAUCACACUUUCAUUUCUUUAACUUAUUUUACUUGCAAUAAUGUCAUUUUGAAACUUACAAAUUAAUAUUUCUAUUUUUCCUGAUGAUCUACGACAACGCAAGAUGUCAGAAAAGAUACCCGCUGAUGAAAAAUGUCUGUAUGACACAGCAAAUUGUUUUUCAAGAAUAAGUUUUUGGUGGCUUAAUUCAUUGUUUAGAAAAGGUUUUAGAAAAGGUCUCACAUUAGAUGAUGUAUCGAAAUGUCCACAAGAGGAUGAUUCCAGUUUUUUAUGGGGAAAAAUUGACAAGUUAUGGGAUUAUCAUUUGACUAAUUACAGAUCUGGUAAAAAAGCUAGUCUGAUAAUGGCUGUACUCUCCACAUUUAAAUCUGAGUUUGUUUUACCUGGAUUUCUGAUAUUUAUAUGUGAAUCAUGUCGUAUUCUUUCACCCUUUAUCAUAGGUCAACUCAUUUCAUACUUUCAAAAUACUGAUCUCGUUAGUAAAACAGAGGCUUAUAUUUAUGCUGCGGCACUGGGGGUGGCAUUAGUUUUAGCCAUGUUCUGUGAUUUAUUCCACUUUUAUAAACAACAACAUAUUUCACUGAAGAUGAAGACAGCUGUUGGUGGCCUUAUAUAUAGAAAGCUUUUAAGUCUUAGUAGUCAAACAUUCCAUUUAACUAAUUCAGGGAAAAUUGUAAACCUUCUCUCUACUGAUCUGGAAAAAUUCAAUUUUGCAUUUGAAACAACUCAUUAUUUAUGGCUUUGCCCGAUUGAAUUAGUGGUGGUGAUGUCAUUGUUAUAUUAUUAUAUUGGUUAUCCUUGUUUGUUUACACUUGUUGUCAUAGCGAUUUUAUUACCAUUACAAAUUCUAUGUGGUAGAUGGUUUGGAAAUCUUAGAACGAAAAUAGGAAAGUGGUCUGACAAGAGAAUUAACAAGAUGAAUGAAGUUUUAUCAGGAAUGAAAGUUAUAAAAUUGUAUUGUUGGGAAAAACCAUUUCAUAAAGUUAUCACUUCACUACGCAAACAUGAGAUUAAAUUUGUGAAACGUGCGAUGAGCUUGAAGUCAUUAAACCUAUCACUGAUGAAAGUUUCUCCUAAAUUAAUGGCACUGGUGAUAUUUGUUGCAAUAUGGUGGGUUGGUAAUCCGUUAUCAGUGCGUCUGGUGUUUGUCACUGUUGGAUAUAUGUAUAUUUUACAAGAUUCGGUUUUCCUAUUUCUAUUUUUGGCCGUAGAAAAUAUAACCAUUCUUUUAUCAUCUUUAAAACGAGUAGAGGAAUUUUUGUUAUUGGGUGAAAAUAAAGAGAAUUCAACAAGAACAUUUAAAAAGGUUAAUAAACAAGCUGUUACCAAGGAAACGAGGGUGUCCAUAGAAGUAGAAAGAAUGACAGCUCGAUGGCAUAUCAAUGAAAAUGAUUACAGAUAUUCUAGAAUGGAGGAAACAGAAAGGAUAUUAGUGGAGAAUGAAAUGGAAAAGUAUUUUAGUUUAAGAAAUAUCAAUUUAACUGUCAAGAAGGGGGAGUUGUUGGCUGUGAUUGGACAUGUUGGGUCAGGAAAGUCUUCCCUGUUGAUGACCUUGAUGGGAGAAAUUCAUCACAAUAAAGGCCAGAUAUUUGUUCAUGGUUCUGUUGGUUAUUCGUGUCAACAAUCGUGGGUUUUUGCGGGUUCCCUUAAAGAAAAUGUUUUAUUUGGAGAUGUAUAUGAUAGUAAAAGAUAUCAACAAGUUCUACAAUCAUGUGCUUUAAUUAAGGAUAUAGGACGAUUGUCUCAAGGGGAUGCAACUCUAGUGGGAGAGAGAGGUCUGUUUUUAAGUGGAGGUCAGAAAGCAAGACUAACACUGGCCAGAUGUGUUUAUCGUGACUGUGAUAUUUAUCUAUUAGAUGAUCCACUUAGCUCUGUUGAUUCUGAAGUUGGCCAACAGAUCUUUCAACAAUGUGUAACUGGUCUUUUAGGAAAUAAAACAAGAAUUUUAGUCACACAUCAAUUACAAUAUUUACAAUCAGCUGAUAGAGUUUUAAUCUUAAAAGAGGGAAAAGUAAGUAAUAUUGGUACAUAUAAUGAAUUAUUACAACAAGGUGUAGAUUUCACUGGUUUUGAAGAAAAUGCAGAUAAACCACAGAUUAAAGAAUUAGAAACAAUUGAAACAUUACAGUGGAAGGAAGAUACAAUAGAUUUAAAUGAAGAGCAUGCUAAUACUGGUGUGAUAAAGUUCUGGGUAUAUAGAGACUACAUUAAGGCUGGCUAUGGUUAUAUACUCGGUCCUAUCUUGCUCAUAACAUUAGCUUUAAAUAAGCCAUCUUUCUUUUUAUCUGAUUGGAAUCUAGCAAAAUGGGCUGUAUCAUAUGAUUUACCUGUCAAUCAAAAUACAAGCACAGCUGAUUGGUUACAGAUCAAUAUGACAUCACCACUCGUGACUUAUAAUAUCAGUAAUAAUUACACAACAACGAUGAUACCUGAUGUAGGAAUACCUGCCUCAAUUCCCAUCUUCACAAAAGAUAUGAGACGAUAUCUCAUGUACUUUGGUGUAUUUGUUGUGUUUGGUUUUAUUUCCAUCCUACUGAAUUUGCAAAUGUGUGUUUUUGCUAGCCAGAAUUUACAUAAUAAGAUGUUUAGAAAGGUUUUAGGUGCAACAACCAGACUGUUUGAUUCACAACCUUUGGGAAGAAUAUUAAACCGUUUUUCUCGAGAUAUUGGGCUAAUGGAUGAUUUUUUGGUCAGACUUGUUUUUAUUAACGUUGAUUUACUUUUAACUCUGUUGGGUAUAGCUAUUAACAUUUGUAUCAUAGCACCAUGGUUAUUUAUAGCACUGGUGCCAUUAGCUAUUGUUGUUGUUGCUAUUAGAUAUUAUGCUGUUCAUACUACCAGAGAUGUCCGCAGGCUAGAAGCUUUAGCUAAAUCACCAGUAUAUUGUCACAUAUCUGAUACCAUAAUAGGAUUACAGACAAUACGAAUCAGUGAUAAACAAAAACAGUUUACACAAGAAUUUGACGAGUUUCAGAAUCAGGCUAGUGGAGCAUGGUUUAUGUAUUUAUCUACCUAUAGAUGGUUUAGUGUACGAUCAUUAAUAGGGUUAAUGAUAUUUUUGAACCUGGUUAUACAUGUCUGUUUACUCAUGCGUGAUAGUGUCUCUCCAGGUUUACUUGCUCUAGCCCUGACAUAUCUUCUUUCCUUUGGAAUGCCGUUUGAAUUUUUCAUCAGAAUAACAGCAGAGCUGGAAAACGCUAUGACUUCAGUAGAAAGAGUUCUGUCCUAUACACAUGUAAAACAGGAGGCUGAAAGAAUAUCUGAUCGUCCUCCUCCGAAAGAUUGGCCUAGUCAAGGUUCCAUAACUUUUAGUGAUGUUAGUCUCAGAUACACACCUGAUAGUCCUCUUAUUCUUAGAAAAAUUGAUAUUCAUAUCCGUAGCAAAGAAAAGAUUGGUAUAGUAGGGAGAUCUGGUGCUGGUAAAACUUCUCUUUUGUCAGCUUUAUUUCGAUUGGCUGAGCCAGAAGGUAGAAUUUGGAUUGAUGGCUGGGAUGUGUUGCAGAUUGGUCUAGAUGAAUUACGUAGUAAAAUAUCUGUUAUACCUCAGGAUCCGGUUUUAUUUAGUGGUACAUUAAGAUAUAAUCUAGAUCCAUUUGAUGAAUACAGUGAUGAAAGAUUGUGGAAUGCAUUAGAACAGGUUCAGCUAAGAGAAAAGGUGGUUUCUACACCAGAACAUUUAUACAUGGAAAUGUCUGAAUCUGGAAAUAACUUUAGUGUUGGACAGAGGCAGUUGGUUUGUUUGGCUCGUGCUAUUUUACGCUAUAACGCUAUACUUAUAUUAGAUGAAGCCACAGCACAUGUUGAUCAUACGACAGAUGAACUGAUUCAAGGAACAAUUCGAGCUAAAUUUAUUGGUAGUACAGUAUUAACUAUAGCCCAUAGACUUCAUACAGUAAUGGAUUGUGAUAGAAUUCUCGUUUUACAUGAUGGUGAAGUUAAAGAAUUUGAUACACCGUACAAUUUACUUCAAGAGGAGGAUGGAUACUUCACAAACCUUGUAGAUCAAACUGGUGUUCAGCAGGCAGCAGAGUUACGCAACUUAGCACGAAUAGCUAAUCUGAAGCGAGCUUCGGCUAGUAUUUUAUUAGAAAAGGCUGUUUUAAAGGCUGAUAAACAAUUGUCAACGAGUAGAACUAGCCUUAAUAAAUCUAUUCGAUCACGGAAUAGCAUCAGUCGUAAAGACUCUCAAAGAAAAAAUCGACAGGAUUUUGAUGCAGAACAUGAAGAAAGAAACAAAAAAGAAGAAAAGACAAAAUCAUCAGAAGAAAAUUCAAGUGCCUCUAAUGUUGACAUUAAAAACAAUUCAAAAGAAAAAUGUGUGUCUGUAAUCUCUCCUUCCAAAAGGGAAAAUUCAAAAACUCAUGUCAAUAGCAUCGAAAUAUAAUAAAUAAUUUGACAAUAGUUAUAAUAAGUGGAAAUAGAAAGAUAAUAUUGUUCAAUGGAAAAGGUCAUAAUUCUGUUCCACAAGCAGAUGGGUCUCAGUUUAUUUGAAAGGUGAUCAAGUCAUUAGUUUAUUUGAAAGGUGAUCGAGUGAUUAGAGAGAUUGUUGUGACCACUUCUACAAUCAGUUGGUUCCAGUUAGUACUGGAUGUAACAUUCAUAUAAAUCAAAGUUCAAAACCGAAUUAAUGAGUGAAAAAUCAAUUGUUGAACCAGUGAUUGAAUUGGGUCUAGCUGUUGUUUUUUUUUGUUUAACUAAAUCUACAUUUCAAAUCAAAAUCAUAAUUUAAGGUUUACCGUAAAUGUUUGAAAAAAUGGUGAAUAAGUUUUUGUGAAGAAUAUAAGUAAUUUAUAAAGUGCUGAUUAAUUAAUUGUCUAUUAUAGAUACAUGUAAAAUAAUGGAGUUUCGUAAACAUAUCAUUUUAUGUACUUUUCAGUUUAUUGACAGUGUUUAAAAUUUUAGGCUAUUGCCAACAUUUAUUUUAGAAAGAAUAUAUUUUCAUACAUAUAAAAUACAUCUAAUAUGUUUAUUCAUGUUAGGUCUGGUUAAAUUUAUAUUGUACAAUUUCUCUCUCUAUAUAUAUAUAUCUGCAGUAUGUUCUUAUAUUAUGUUUUACCAGUUUAUAUAACUGCCCUUUGUAAAGGAGAUUCUCAUAUAAGUCUUGGUUUUUUUACCCUGUGGUGCUAAUCUUCUCUCUUUUCUUUCUCUUCUCUUCUUGUGGACAUUCAUGGCAACCAGCCAUUCAUGACAGCAACUUGUUGAAAGCUCGCUGGAAACCAUGGAAUAGUUCUAGACGGAGUUGAUCUGUUUAUAUAUGGAAUAUAUCAACACCAGUUCAUCAAGUAAAAAAUGUCUGAGACUUGUAAGAGAUUAUUUUUAUCACCUAAUAUUACACCUCAGUGAAAGGAUGAAAAUGCCAUUAAAUAAUCAAUUUAACAAAGUGGUAGGUAUUGUUUUAUAGAAAACGAUCAGUAAUGGAUUGUGUUAUUGUCUUUGACAUGUAUUUGUUAUGAAAAUAUAUUUUGUUAUUGAAGAUUUGUUCACUGACAUUUUCUAAACCUAAUAUACUUUGAAACGUAUUGGAAUUUGAUAAUAUUUUAUAGUCAUAUCAUUUCAAAGUGACAUUCUUUAUAGAUGCAUUAUGCAAGAGCUAAAUCUGCCUAUUUCUUUAGGCCUUAAAUGUUAUAUAAAUUAUUCUCUAGACAUUUAUUAACAUGACAUGACCAUAAUUAAUUCUCGAUGACAUCGGAUACUCAAGGCUCAACAAAUUUAAAUAUGAUUGAUAGUUAAUGAUUUAAUUUAAAAAUGGAUAAUCCAGACUUUAUUAUCUUAACAAUGGUAGAAAUGACAAUCAAGACUACACUGGUCUUCUAACAGGGAAUACUCAGCUCAGAAUGAAAUAAUUUGACUCAAAUUUUCAACAUACUCCCUUUUCAUUAUCUAUUUUUUUAACUGUAUUGCGAGAAUUGUUAGCUCUUUAUCUAAAUCUUACAUAAUGCAUCUUUAAAUCUGAUAUUCUUUGGGAAUAAUAUUUUUUGAUUUUGAAUUAUUUCAAAACUUAUUUGAUAUAUUUAUUGUAAUACCAUUUUAAAGUGACAUUCCCUAAAUCUAAUAUCUUUUGGGAAAUAUUUUUAUGGACAUUUUUUGCAAAACUAAUUUGAUAAUAUUUAUUGUAAUAUCAUUUUAAAGUGACAUUCCUUAACCUUAUGUCGUUUGAAAUACUUUGGUAGAUAUUUUUAUUUCGAAUUUUGAAUGUUUUUUCAAAACUAAUUUUAUAGUAUUUACUUUAAUCUUCCUUGUCUCAUGUUACGUUUAAAGGGGAUGUUUUCUAAUGUUGAAUUUUACAUAGUUUACACUUAGUGUCACAAAUACUCUUCAAAAAAAGUAGGGGAUAUUCAGAAACAAUACAAAACUGUGGAAACGCACUGCUGUUUUUAUUAGAGGUAACCAGUGUAUGUUAAUAACAUGCCAAUUGCCUACACAUGAACAUAAACAGUUCAUAUGGGCGGCUUAUCUGACUGUCCCAUUUCACUCGCAAAGAGAUGCACUGUCAAAAGUGAAAAUGGCAUGCUCCUAAUCAACCGUCCAAUCACGAUGUAGGACAAUCUGACCCACUCCUCUUGCAAGUGCCACGGUCAAUUCUUGCAGUGUUGUCCGUUGACGUCGACGAACACAUCUCCCGAUCAAAUUAAACGUAACACAUUAAAGCAAAGAUAGGCUAAACAGUAAAUCUUAUGCAAGAACCAAUAGGAAAGCAAAUAUGGAUAAGAUAAACCAGUAAGCGGCAGUUUUCGUCAACCCUCCUUUGAAGUGUCAAAUUUGACAAUGAACCCCUCCCACGUGUAUGACACUAUUGUGUGUCGCACAUGCAGCUCAGUAGUUCUGUUGGGGCGAUAAGUUCUUUAUCUGUGAACAUACUCACAAAGCAAGUGUCCAUGACUAUUUAUCAGAUCACAACCUGCAUAGGUAAUUGCAUUUCAAUAUCCCCUAUUUUUUUUUGAAGAGUAUAUGAUAUUUUUUUAUAUAUUUUUGUGCCAUUGCAUUGUAACAUAAAGAGCCUAUUGAAAUGUGUCUAUAUAUUCAAAGAUAAAUUCAAGUAUAGAUUCUUGUGUGGUAGUGGGUGAGAUGAUAGUCAGUUUGGAGAUGGCAUGUCACUUUUUGGGAGGUAUCUUUAGGUUGUAUUUCAACUGGCAUGAACCACCUUAGUGAUAUAGAUUCUCAAUGGAAUUUUAAAAAAUUGAGAUUAUUCAUUUGGGAAUUAGAUGAAACUAUUUAUCAAAUUUCAAAACCACACAAUUACACACCACCCUCAACCCAUCACCACAUGGAUCACGUUCAGAUUCACUUCAUAUUUUGACCUAGUCUUUUAUUGUGAUAGGAUAUAUAAAAAUUACUUUAUUUUUUUCACUUAUAGGACACAGAGACAAAGAUCUAUAUAAAUUUCAAUGACCUCCACAAUAGUUCCUCAGUAGUUCCAUUAGGAACUGUCUCUGAUCGGAGGAUGUCCGCUGACAGUUACUAUCGCUUCCUAUAUACAUUGUAGCUGCAAUAUGAAAAUAUGGUAAACUACCGCUCUUCCUCACCUCUGUUCUCGGGCUAUUUUGGAACCCUUAUCUUCUAUUUUUCACAAAAAGAAUUAUUCCUCACCAUAUCUGACUCAAAUUUAUAAUAAUUCAACACUAUUUUGAAGUACAAUUUAGCGAUUAAAUAAACAUAAUCGAGUCUCGUAAUGGCUGAUCAAUUCAAACGUAUUUUGUGUAUGUUUUUAAUCGCAAAAUUCUACAGUGAGAAAUAGUCGGUAAGGAUUCCAAAAUAGCAUUAGACCAGAGAUGGGGAUGAACGGUAUUUUCAUAUUACAGCUAUAUAGGAAGGGAUAUGAACUGUCAGUGGACAUCGUCCGAUCAGAGACAGUUCCUAAAGGAACUACCUCCACAAAUGCUUUUAGACUGAAUACUCUUUUAUAUUUUUGUUGCUUUUUAAAUAUUACUUCAUUCAGGAGCACAGGUAUGAACCAGGGGAGUUGCUGUUAUUCCUGAAUGCGGAACUGGGUUGGGCAUAAAUAGUGGACUACAGGUAUAAUAAAAUAUGUAGAUUCAUUAUUUCCUUUAUCCGGGAAAAAAUAUUUUGUCAUUACAUAUAUGCCCUUUACAAAGAAAGAGAAAAUAAAAUAAUCACAGUUCA